UAGUUUUUGCGGCUAGUUGGGGUUAUUUGUGAAGAGUAAUGUGAAACUUUUAAGCUAGUAUUUUUUCAUGGCGUAGUGAUUGCUAGUUGUCAUUGAUGGUUAAUGGUGGUGGCGGUGGAUGUGGUAAAUGUGGAGACUGGAGAGUGAAUAUGAAAGUGAGAGUGAAGUGAGGCAUUGUACAUUUGAGGCACGUUCAACAAGUCAAGUCAAAAUACGGGCGUUACCUGUUGUCGUUAAAGUCGAUACUUUUUAAAAAACUUAUCGAAGAAGUAUACGGCUUUCUCCAAAGUUUCAAACGUCGGAGGAAAAGAACUACUACUCUUCUUAGCAAUACAAAAAAGCAAGGGAUCAGAAAUGGUAGCUCGGAAGCUCCUCGUCCGCCAUGAAAACUCAACCUUCGACAUCGAUUACGACACCGAUGAUGGCCUCGAAGUGUUCAAAUUUCAACUAUUUUCUCUCACUUCAAUUCCUCCAGAUGAACAAAAGAUACUUUGUGAUGAUGAUCAUCAUGAUAUUAAAAUCAUUUCUGAUGAUUCUGACCUAAAUUCAAUUGAAGAAAAGCUUCGUUUGAUUUCAAUUGAAGAAGAUGCUGCAGCUCAAUCGUCGGCAACUGGUGAUUCUCAUGUUAAUGAAGAAUUGCUCAAGACUGAUGAAGAAUAUGCUCGAUUGCUUCAGGCUGAGGAGGAAGCACUGCUUUUUCAACAGUAUGUUGCUCCUGAAGAAAAUGGACAAAUAGAAGAACAACUCCGGGGUUAUAUUGAUAAAGUUUUUAUGUAUGAGGACCCAACUCGCCAAGAAGCUGCUCGUAAGACAGUACCCGUUGACGAGUUGGAGGAGAAAGCAUUGGUGGCCAUAGCGAAAAAGGAGGGGAACUUUGAACCAACAAAAGAUGAACGGGAUCAUGCUUUCUUGCUGGAGUAGUUGAUUUGGUUCAAACAAUCAUUCAGUUGGGUUAAUGCUCCUCCUUGUGAUAGCUGUGGGAAUCAAACUAUAGGCCAGGGCAUGGGUGUACCAUUGCCUGCAGAAAUGAAAUAUGGAGGUUCACGAGUUGAGCUAUAUCGCUGCAGCUUCUGCUCGAGGAUUACUCGUUUCCCACGCUAUAAUGACCCAAUAAAGAUCCUAGAAACUAAAAAAGGGCGUUGUGGGGAGUGGGCUAACUGCUUUACUCUGUAUUGCAGAGCAUUUGGCUAUGAGUCACGUCUUGUUUUGGAUUUCACGGAUCAUGUAUGGACGUGUUUUUCACAUCAUUUAGGGAGGUGGAUGCAUCUUGAUCCUUGUGAAGGAAUUUAUGACAAUCCGUUGUUGUAUGAAAAAGGGUGGAAUAAAAAAUUAAAUUAUGUGUUUGCUAUUGCAAAAGAUGGGGUAUAUGAUGUCACAAAACGUUACACAAGAAAGUGGCAUGAGGUUCUAACCCACCGGAAUAUUACAACAGAGCAAAAUUUAUGCAAAGAUUUGGAAAAACUAACAAAACAAUGCCGAAAGGUUUUGAAACCAGAAGAGAUAUCUUUGCUUGAAGAACGUUACAAAAUUGAGAAAGAAGCUAUUGAAAGAGAUCUUCAUUCGAAGGGUGAUGCUGCUGUUUCACUACCUGGGAGACUAAGUGGGGACAAGCAAUGGCGCAUCUCAAGAUCAGAAUAUGAAUCUGGCAAGGAUGGCUUGAGUUGCACUACUUGUCCUGUUCGUUUGUGUGUCGAUGAGCAUGUUUCUGAUAUUUAUAAUUCAUUGGGAGUUGUCAUUUCCCAGUUUGCGGAUAGCUCUCUUUCAGUCUCCGGUGGGGUUGAUGCCCUAAAGACCCUAAGAAGGAUCUUGACAGAUUGUCAGAAGUGUCCUUUUAGAUCUAGAAAGAUAAUUAAAACUUCAUAUGGUCUACUACCUUCUUUGCAUCAUUUAUUGCCUGCUUUUGGCAAGCUAAUGAACACCCUCUAUCUUAAGUUUGAGCUCGACACUAAAAAUGAGGUGCUUGUGCAUAUGGUUGGCCAUCCUAUAAAGACCUCAUUAGCUUUGCCGGUUGCACUAGAUGCUCUGGAGGAUAUGAUUGUGAGCCUUGCUAAAUGUCCCAGCAUUUCAAAAGAUUCUCUCUCUUUGCCGCUUCUGAGGUUGAAUAGAAUACAUUCAGGUUCAGUCCUUGCAAGUGGAGAAGAGCUUCCUUUUGGAAUUGCUACAUCAGCUUUUGAUGGGUUACAGUCAUCAAAAUGGAAAGAACCAAAUGGAGCAAAAGGUGGUUGGAUUGCAUACAAACUGAAAGAGGAGCAGAUGUGUGAGGUUGUGGCAUAUGAGCUAAUGUCUGCUAAUGAUGCUCCAGAGAGAGAUCCAAUGGAUUGGAUUGUUGAAGGAAGCAGUGAUGGAGGAUCCAAUUGGUAUGUUUUGGAUAGACAAACUUCUCAGAAAUUUGAUAGCCGUUUCCAGCGCAAACUGUACAGGGUUGGAUCGCGGCAUACACAAUCAAACGCCAUAAGGUUCACCUUUCUGUCAGUCCGAGAUGUUAAGUCGACCUCAAGGCUACAAAUUGGUAGUAUUGACUUAUAUGCAGGAAACUGCUAACAUCCAAUGAAAUGUACUACUGAUUACAGGUGCCAGUUUGGUCGGUGGCAACUAUAAUGCUUCUUUGAUUUUGGCUGACAUCUAUUUAUUCAAAUACGAGAGUUGUAGUUAUUUCAAAAUUUAUCAAGCUUGAGAAGUUUUAGACUGAAUAAAAAUAGUGUAUUCAGUUUUCCCUCACAAUGCUGUAAAAAUGUAACCCGUACAUAACAACUACAGUAAUUGUUAUGCCCUUGCAUUGCGUAGGUGCCUCAUUUGCACAGAAUUGUAAAAUGUUGUUAUUUGAUCUUGGCUCUUAUAAUUAAAUUAUGUCCGAGCUAAAUAUUGUCCCUACUUGAAAUAGUUGAAAUAUCCGUUUAACAAUCAUACUUUA